AUGUCGACACCCUACGACCGGGCCCUCAGCGCCAUUGACGCCGCGCACGCCCUCGACCCCAACAAGAUCGAGCUCAACGGCGUGACAACGCCCUACGAACUGCACUACGCCCAAAAAUGCACUGCCUACCUCUCCCAGCGCGCCCCAGACGCCUCCGAAACCCUACGCCUUGCCAUCCGCGCCCAGCACUUCCGCCGCUGGGAAGUCCCACGCAGCUCCUACCCGCAAACGCGCCCGGGGUACCACGCCUGGCGCACCUUUCUCAAAAAACGGCAGGCGGAGCUCGUUUCGCAAAUCUGUGUCGAGUGCGGGUACAGCGCGGAAGAUGCGGAGCGCGUGGGCGCGCUGAUACGCAAAGAAGAGCUGAAGCAAGACGAGGAGACGCAGGUGCUCGAGGACGUGGCGUGUCUUGUUUUCCUCGACGACCAGUUUGAGGCGUUUGAGCGCGAGCAUGAUGAGGAUAAGAUUGUGGGGAUUCUGAGGAAGACGUGGGCGAAGAUGAGUGAGAGGGGGCAUGAGUUGGCCUUGGGCUUGGACAUGGAGGGGAGGAGGGGCGAGGUGCUGAAGAAGGCUUUGGGGUGA